AUGCUUCAGUGGUAUCAAAUAUACAUAUUUUUAAUUUUUUGUUUUAAUAUAAAAUAUGUUAGUCUUGAAGAGUAUACACAUAUUCCAACUACAGAAGCUAUUGAUUUUACAAGUAUAAAUCCGGCUGUUGCCUGUAAAUUUCAACCAAACGGAUAUGACUGCAAUGGAAGUAAUCGAUACUUACCAAAAUUCUACUAUGAUCUGAAGAUGGAGGAUUGCAAAACGGCUUUUGUCGGCAGUUGCCCGCACAAUUUGAACACGUUCAAGACUUUGUCAGAGUGUCAUCAUACAUGUCGAGAUGUUGGAUUGCAUCGAAUACCAGCAUCGCUGUCACCAAGAAUUUUUUGUAGAUUACAAUACGAUUUUGGAAACUGUAAUGGAUAUCAUCAAAAAUGGUACUAUGACGUCACUGCUCGCCAAUGCAAAGGUUUCUCGUAUAGCGGCUGCGGCGGCAACAUGAAUAGAUUUCCAACACAGCAAAUAUGCUCUACAGCGUGCAUGCCAAUGGGCCUGUGA